UUAUAAUUUUCGAACAUUUAACAGAAAUGAGAUUUAAGUUCUGAACAUUAACUAAUAUUCCAUUUUUGUCAAGUGACUCCCUAUACUGAGAACAAAUAUUUCCCUGCAUUCACAAUGUGAGUCUUCCCUGAAAUUUAAAAUUAGUUCAGUACAAAAGAAGAGACUAAUUGCGAGCUGAUGGUGCCGUAUCAGUGAGGCCAUCAGCAUGUUGCUCAGUGCUGCGCGCCCGCUCCUCGGCGCAAGAUGUAGCGUUCCGGUGGCCGGUCUGUGUGCUGUAAGGGCCCGAGCCUUGACAAGAGGAAAGACGCUUUCAGUUCAGCGGCAGGAACGAUGUCUCCACUGCCACGGCGGUGCUGCCCUACAGCGACAAGGGCCCGCGCCCCCCGAGCUGAAGGACAUCAGGCAAAUUCCUGGGCCUAAGCCGUUGCCACUCCUCGGCAACACGCUCUACAUGCUGAACAAGAAGAACGGUUUUGACCCUCAAGACUUCAGCGUAUUCUGGAAGCAGCUGAUGCAGGACUUUGGCCCGAUUGUGAAGCUUAAAAUUGUGAGCAUGCCGCAGAUGGUGGUGACCCUGAACCCUGAUGACGUCCAGACCUUCCUCAGGCCUACGCCUGACCACCCCACGCGCUUUGGCUUCAACAGCGUCGCCAAGAUCAGAAAGGAGGACAAGACCGGCCUCUUCAAGGACAACUACGGCCUCCUCACCGAGAAUGGCCCUCGCUGGUGGCAUCUCCGCCGCCGCGUGCAGGCGCCGCUGCUGCGCCCCAAGAACGUCGCCAUGUACCUGCCUGCUGUGGACGGCGUCGCCUGCAAGUUCAUGGACAGUUGUAACGCUGCCACCGCCCGUCCUCCUGAUGCUAUACUUGUAACGCCUCUUCCGCCCUGGUUCCCGAUGCUCAGUAUUGCGCUGGAGGCCAUACAAGAGGCGGAGGCCCGACUGGAGGAGGCCAAGGCUCUGGGGGAGCCUGACCGCCAGCUGACCAUCAUGGAGACGUUCCUGAGGACGGAUGGUCUCAGCCGCAGCGAGGUGGCCACCAUGAUACUUGACCUCAUCAUGGGGGGCAUCGAGACGACGUCGCUGUCGGUGGGCUACGCGCUCUACCUGCUCGCCCGCAACCCUGAGGCGCAGCGCCGCCUGCAGCAGCAGGUGGACGCCGUCGUCAGGAGGGACGAGCCCCUCAAGCCUGAGCACCUCGCCGCCCUCGACUGUGUCGUUCACGUUAUCAAGGAGACCCUCAGGCUCUACCCGGUGGCGUUCGCCAACGCCCGCCUGCUAACCCGCGACGCGGUGCUGUCGGGCUACAGGGUGCCUGCUGGCACGUUCGUACUCGGCUUGAGCGGCCUGGUGUCGCGGAUGGAGGAACACUUCCCGCGGCCCCUGGAGUUCCUGCCGGAGCGGUGGCAGCGCGACCGCCCCUACGGCGCCAUCCAUCCCUUCGCGUCGCUGCCCUUCUCCCACGGCACCAGGAUGUGCAUCGGCAAGCGUCUGGCCGAGCAGGAGAUGUACGUCUUCCUAAUAAGGGCCAUGCAACGGUACACCGUCACCUACGAGCUGGAUCACGACGUUGUCGUUCAGACGCAACUCGUCGCCAAGCCCGUCACGCCCCUCGCCUUCAAGUUCCACCCUAGGACCGAUGCUCUGUAAGCCCGUCACGCCCCUCGCCUUCAAGUUUCACCCUAGGACCGAUGCUCUUUAACGUUCUCCGACAUGUGCACUAGAGUGCAAGUGGAAGUCAAGUUUCCUUUUCGUCAUCUAAACUAUCAAGUCGUCAUCUAAACUAUCCGAAACAUGGGUCAAGAGUCUAUCAUUCACUAAAUAUUCCACUUCACGCACAAUCGUAUGAAACUCAGAGCAGGAUACGAGAAACUGUCUAAUACUUGAAAAUGUUGUUGCUCCAAUAAGGCAACAGGACGCCAAAACGAUUUAUUCCCACACGCCGCCAAAACGAGGAGUCUUUCCCGGAAUAAAUUUCAAUUGUAUCCUCGAGUUACACAACGCAUCUUGUACCAACUCACUGUUACAAAUUUCGCGCAACGUGGUGGUAAAUUGACAAAAGUUGGUGCAUUAUCACUUAAAAUUAGAGAUGGAAAUGAACGUCUAGCAUUAAAUAUACGAAAUAGAAACAUGAAUGCUUCAGCGGAUGCAUUCUCAGCAAGUUCCAAAUGUAUCGUGCGUUGUUGGAAAUAUCCGACGUUCUUAAAUUGUAACAUAUUGGAUUCUUUUUCUCCAUGCCUAUCGUUAGGCAUGGGUUUGUAAAUAAGUUGUUGGCAUUGUAACUUGAUGGUGAAGGCAUCUAUCUUCUUGGACGCGCUUCGGCAUUCUGUAUUCAACGCCAUACCUUCUUAAUUCUAUUUUUGUUAUAGUGAUCACUCUCAUUUUUCAUUAUGUUUAUUUAAGUUAAAAUGCAUGUUCGCUUCUACUUUAUUUAGAAGGCUGACACCGACCUAUACUUGGGCAUUUGCCCUCUAUACUGUGGUAUAACCACCUUGGCCAUAGGCUUAUAAUGAACUUGAAGUUAAAUUCCUAUCUAUAUGUAUAUAUAGUACUACCUAGAUUGAAGAACCGAGUUCUUCUUCCAGUCAAAUUCAUUAAUGCUUCGGAGUCUGCCUCUCCUUCUACUAUUUCCCUUUACAUGCCUCUUAAAGUUGCAGCUUAACCGCUUGGUGGCUAAAGAUUUUAAGGUGGGUCCAAGGCUAUUAUAGUGGCAUAUUGCGUCUUACAUUUAUGCUCUUGGAGCUUUAAUUUUGAUUACCAAGUACCUAACAGCUAUUUAUUCCUUUCAUUCGAUAGAAUAACUGCGUAUCCGGGGGGAAACAACCUUCGUUCUAUCUUUUGGUGACUUUCAGCGACACAGAAUACGAUACACAGAGCCUUCCGUCUGUCAGGGUGUGUAAAACGUGUAAAGCUUUGCUUCUGAGAAUGUAUUUGAUUGAAACUUAUUGCGACAUUAGAAUACUACUACUGUAAUGCAGAAUUGUAAAAUUUAUACGAUAUUUCUUGCUUCUACAGUUAUGUUGGGCCGAGUUUGUUCGUCGGCAUAACGGCGAUAACCUGUAUCGGAACCGCUGCCAAGCGUUAUUUUUCUGGACUUGGUUCAAUCCUUGAUAAUUUGUGAAUACGUCUGCUUUCUCAAGCUUUGGACCAGUCAUAUCUGAAAUAAAAGUUCCAUUUGUA